AUGGUCUACCACGAUCUCGACUGGCUUUUUGCCAUCGGUACCAUCUUUUUCCUUCUCUCAGUCUGGGGUAUCGGUGCCAAUGAUGUGGCCAACUCCUACGCCACCUCUGUCAGCUCGAGGUCUCUGACUCUCAUCCAAGCUGGCGUUCUCGCUACGGUUACGGAGUUUAUCGGUGCCAUUGCCCUGGGUCAGCAGGUCACUUCAACCAUUCGCAGUGGAGUCUUCUCAAUUGACCGCUUCCUGGACUCGCCGGGAGUAUUGAUCAUGGCCAUGGUGGUCGCUGAGAUCGGCUCCUCGAUCUGGCUCGCCGUUUGCACAUACCUCGGAUUCCCCGUGUCCACGACUCAAUCCAUCGUGGGUGCAUUGAUUGGUGUUGCUAUUGCAUCUGAUCUUCCCGUUCACUGGGGCUGGAAGUCGCAGAGUGUCUCUCAGAUUGCAGCUUCAUGGGGUAUCGCUCCCGUCCUCGCUGCGGGCUUUGGUGCCAUCAUUUUCACCAGCAUCCGGCUCUUGGUGCACGACCGUCAGGAUCCUAUGAAGUGGGCGCUGCGUGUACUCCCCUUCUACUACUCUUUCACCGCUGCUAUCCUGGCUCUGUUUAUUGUCGUCAGUGGCGGUCACGGAAUUCCCAAGCCCGAGGAUCUGGGCGCUGGAAAAGCCUGCGGUAUCGUCUUGGGUGUUUUUGCGGGAGUCUGGUUUAUCAGCGCUGUCUUCUUUGUGCCCUACUACUGGCGCAGUCUUGUCAAGGAAGACCACCGUCUGCGCUUCUGGCAUAUCCCCAUGGGUCCACUUCUCUGGAAGGAUAACUACACCUUGUACUUUCCCGGCAACCCAGAGAAGGGCAUUGUACCAAACUACUACGAAAGCGAGCUUGCUACCGACGCGAAUGAAAAGGGUAGCCCUGAGAGCAUCCACUCUCGCACCGAAGGUCGACAGUCCACGCUUGCUAGCCCGGCGAUCGAGCCUCUGAAGGGGGACCACGACGAAAUCCAACAAAAUCCUCAACAGGCCGAUGCUCGGAUUGCUGAAAAGAACCAGAAAGAGCUUCGGGCCGUGGACACCCUUCCCUGGGCCCACCCCAAAAGAAUCUUCGCCACUGUCAAGCUCGUCUUCACUUAUGGUAUCACUCGCGAUGUGAUUCAUCACCAGUCCAAGGGCCUGGAUCAUAUCCACCAACGGGCGCCUGUCUUUGACAACAAGGUGGAGCAUCUCUGGACCACUGCCCAAGUUUGUUCAGCCAUGAUCAUGUCUAUCUCUCACGGCGCCAACGAUCUCUCUAAUGCCAUCGGUCCCUUCACAACCGAGUACAUGACCUGGCAGUCAGGUCAAUCCAUGACCAAGACCGAUACUCCGACUUGGAUUAAGGCUGUUGGUGGUCUCGGCCUCGGAUUUGGCUUCUGGACCUUCGGCUACCACAUCAUGCGCAACCUCGGGAACCGCAUCACAAAGCAUUCUCCCACUCGUGGUUUCAGCAUGGAACUCGCCGCCGCCAUUACAGUCCUGCUUGCUUCCCGUUUGGGCCUGCCUGUCUCGACGACCCAGUGUAUCACAGGCGCUGUCAUCGGUGUCGCCUUGGUCAACAUGGAUCUCCGCAGUAUCAACUGGAAACAGCUUGGCAAGAUCUUCUUUGGUUGGGUGCUCACCUUGCCUUGUGCCGGCUUGAUUAGCGGUAUCAUUAUGGGCAUGGCUCUCAAUGUUCCUCAAUGGGGACGUUAA